AUGGCUACUAUUUCUCCAGAAGCUCUUUGGGCUCAACGUUCUAAUGCCUCUGCUCCAGAAAAGAAUAUCAUCUACCUUACUGUGAAGGUCACAGACCCAAAGGGUCUUAAGGUUGAUCUCAAAGAAGAUUCCCUUGACCUUGAAAGUGAAAGUGACUACGCCGCCACCAAGGGUACCCACUACAAAUUGCACCUCGAUUGGUUUGCCCCAAUUGAUCUUGAACACUCAAGAUACGAUGCCAAGAGCAGUGGGAACCACAUUUCCUUUGUGUUGCGUAAAAAAGACGCCCAAGAAGAAUACUGGCCUCGUUUGACCAAGGAAAAGGUCAAGUACAGAUGGUUGAAGACCGAUUUCGACAAGUGGGUCGAUGAAGAUGAACAAGAUGAGCAACCAGAAGAAGAUCCAUAUGCCGGUAUGGGUGGUAUGCCAGAUAUGGGCGCCAUGGGUGGUAUGCCAGGUAUGGGCGGUAUGCCAGGUAUGGGUGGUAUGGGCGGUAUGCCAGGCAUGGGUGGCAUGGGUGGCAUGCCUGAUUUGCUGGCCUUGGGCGGUGGAAAUGGCGGUUUCGACUUAAGUAAGCUUAUGGCUGGUGCUGGUGGUGCCGGUGGUAUGGAUUUCAGCAAAUUGGCUGCCCAAAUGGGUCAAGCCGGUGGUGAUGAUGAACACAGCAGUGAUGAUGAAGAACCAGUGGAAGAAGUAACCAAAUAA